AUGACGAUUACGCCCUCUUAAUAUUUUCUUUUUACUUUCUUGGUUGGAUUAACGCCUUCCAAAGUCCAAAUCCAUAUAGCUCACACUUUGACUCCAUUUCCUUCCCACACUCCGAUCCGAUCACAUCAACAAUUCUCCGCCGCCGGCCAAAAUGCUGCCGCCGGAGCUCCAGUCACGGGCUUUCCGCCCGUACAUCUCCUCCUCCGCCAGUGCCCCCUCGUUCGCCACCACCUCCUCCUCGUCCUAUAACGGUGACCAAAACCCUAACCCUAGCCCCACAUCCUCAUCCUAUUACGGCGGAGGAGCUGCCAGCAGAAGCCGCCGAGCAAGCUCCUCCAUGAAGAAUUCCCGAUUAUCGCCUUCUUCCUUCAUCCACAACGCCAGAAUGGCAGUCGCUCUCGUUCCAAUCGCUGCCUUCCUCCUCGACCUCGGCGGCACACCGGUGGUCGCCACCAUCAUUGUGGGCCUCAUGAUUGCUUACAUCCUCGAUUCUCUCAAUUUCAAAUCUGGUUCCUUUUUCGCAGUCUGGUUUUCACUCAUCGCCGCGCAGAUAACUUUCUUCUUCAGCUCUUCUCUUUAUUACACCUUCAAUUUUAUGUUCCUUACUCUCCUUGCUGCAUUCACUUGUGCAUUGGCGAAUUUCUUAAUCGGUGUUUGGGUAUCUCUUCAGUUCAAAUGGAUACUGAUUGAAUAUCCCACCAUUGUGGUUGCUCUUGAACGCCUCUUGUUCGCUUGUGUUCCGAUAAUUGCUUCUGCGCUUUUCGCCUGGGCAACUGUUUCCGCAGUUGGGAUGAUCAACGCUGCUUACUAUCUCAUGGUUUUUAAUUGCAUUUUCUACUGGCUUUACUCGAUUCCUCGUGUAUCCUCGUUCAAAUUGAAGCAAGAAGUCAGUUACCAUGGAGGUGAGGUUCCUGAAGAUAGUUUCAUUCUUGGGCACCUUGAGAGUUGUGUGCACACUCUAAACCUCGUUUUCAUCCCUUUAUUAUUCCACAUCGCCUCACACUAUUUGAUCAUGUUUUCAUCUAGUGCCAAUGUUUGCGACUUGUUCCUCCUUUUCUUCGUUCCCUUUCUAUUUCAACUGUAUGCAUCCACGAGAGGGGCUUUAUGGUGGGUUACUAAGAAUGAGAACCAGUUGCAGAGCAUUCGAUUUGUCAAUGGUGCUUUGGCUUUGGUAGUUGUUGUUGUAUGCCUUGAGGUUAGAGUUGUUUUCCAUUCAUUUGGGCGGUACAUUCAUGUUCCACCACCGCUGAAUUAUCUAUUUGUCACCAUCACCAUGCUUGGAGGUGCAGUUGCUGCCGGUACGUAUUCUCUUGGUAUGGUUUCUGAUGCAUUCAGCUCAUUGGUCUUCACUGCUUUGGCCAUCGUUGUUAGUGCUUCUGGAGCGAUUGUUGUGGGAUUUCCUAUCUUGUUCCUUCCGCUCCCAUCGGUAGCUGGAUAUUAUUUGGCCCGCUUUUUCACAAAGAAGAGUUUGUCAUCAUACUCUGCAUUUGUUGUGCUAGGGAGCUUGAUGGUGGGUUGGUUUGUGAUGCAUAAUUAUUGGGGGCUUAAUAUCUGGAUAGCAGGCAUGUCAUUGAAAUCCUUCUGUAAGCUUAUAGUUGGCAGUGUAAUUCUGGCAAUGGCAGUUCCUGGUUUAGCUGUUCUUCCGCCACAAUUCCGUUUCCUGACUGAAGCUGGGCUAAUCAGCCAUGCAUUGUUGCUGUGCUAUAUCGAGAAUAACUUUUUCAACUAUUCAAAUGUGUAUUAUUAUGGAAUGGAUGAUGUGAUGUAUCCAAGUUAUAUGGUCAUAAUGACUACAUUUGCGGGUCUGGCCAUUGUGAGGAGACUUUCCGUGGACCACAGAAUUGGAUCGAAGGCAGUUUGGGUUCUGAUUUGCCUCUACUCCUCAAAGCUAUUUAUGCUUUUUAUGGCAUCGAAGACCGUGUUGUGGGUUUCAGCUGUCUUAUUAUUGGCAGUGUCUCCUCCAUUGCUGCUUUAUAAGGAUAAAUCUAAAUCAGCUUCAAAGAUGAAACCGUGGCAAGGCUAUGCACAUGCUGGUGUUGUUGCUUUAUCUGUCUGGUUUUGUCGUGAAACGAUCUUUGAAGCCCUCCAGUGGUGGAAUGGGAGGCCUCCAUCUGAUGGUUUGCUUUUAGGAUCUUGUAUCCUCUUGACAGGAUUAGCUUGUGUACCAAUUGUCGCCAUGCACUUUACCCAUGUCAUGGCUGCAAAGAGAUACUUGGUGUUGGUUGUAGCAACUGGUCUGCUAUUCAUUCUGAUGCAGCCACCAAUUCCACUGGCAUGGACUUAUCACUCUGACGUAAUAAGAUCUGCUCGUCAAUCUACUGACGACAUUUCCAUAUAUGGCUUCAUGGCAUUAAAGCCUACAUGGCCAUCAUGGUUGCUUAUUGCAGCAAUCCUUCUCAGUCUAGCUGGUGUCACCUCCAUUAUUCCAAUUAAAUACAUCGUUGAGCUGAGGACAUCUUACGCCAUUGCUUUGGGAGUUGCUCUUGGAAUCUACGUAUCUGCAGAGUACUUUCUUCAAGCAGCAAUUUUACAUGCCCUCAUAAUUGUUACCAUGGUCUGCACUUGUGUAUUUGUGGUCUUCACUCAUUUACCUUCCGCCUCUAGCACAAAGAUUCUCCCUUGGGUAUUUGCUCUGAUUGUGGCCCUCUUUCCAGUGACUUAUUUACUUGAAGGCCAAGUGAGAAUUAACAAGAGUUGGCUUGAAGAGAGUGGGGUCGACGAUAUUGCUGAAGAAGAUAGUAAGAUUGCAACAUUACUUGCUAUCGAGGGUGCAAGGACAUCCCUUCUUGGUUUGUAUGCAGCAAUCUUUAUGCUUAUAGCACUUGAGAUAAAGUUUGAGUUGGCUUCACUUAUGCGGGAAAAGUUUGCGGAAAGGGGCGGACUUCGACACAGCCAAUCAGGUGAAAGCAGUAGCGCAGCUAGCGUUCCUCCGAGGUUGAGAUUUAUGAAUCAGCGAAGGGCAUCUACCAUGCCAACGUUUACCAUCAAAAGGAUAGCUGCAGAGGGAGCUUGGAUGCCAGCUGUCGGUAAUGUUGCCACUGUGAUGUGUUUUUCGAUAUGCCUAAUCUUGAAUGUUCAUCUCAGUGGUGGAUCGAACAGUGCUAUAUUUUUCUUGGCACCUGUACUCUUGCUGCUUAAUCAGGACUCGGAUUUUUUCGCUGGAUUUGGCGAUAAGCAGAGGUACUUCCCUGUUACUGUUGCUAUAUCUGCAUAUUUGGUGUUAACUGCAUUGUACAGUAUAUGGGAAGAUGUAUGGCAUGGAAAUGGUGGCUGGGCUGUUGAUAUUGGAGGACCUGAUUGGAUAUUUGCAGUCAAGAAUUUAGCGCUUCUUGUUCUGACAUUCCCAAGUCACAUACUUUUCAAUAGUUUCGUUUGGAGCUACACAAAACAGGCUGACUCGAGGCCUUUACUCACGAUACCCCUCAAUCUGCCGUCUGUCAUAAUGACGGAUCUUCUCAAGAUUAAGAUUUUGGGGCUACUUGGCGCUAUGUAUUCGGUGGCCCAGUAUCUAAUUUCUAGACGGCAAUAUUUCUCCGGGUUGAAGUAUAUUUAGACAGAUGUUAUAUGCAUAUAACCUUGUUCAAUAUGUUGUGAGAAUUUUUCAGGUGAGAUUUGCAAGUUUAGAAAAAGGCUAAUUUACCCCUUUUUGUUGAUGAACUGAACUGGCACAUGAGAUUUUUGGUAAGGGCUCAAGUGCAUGCUGCACUGGGUUAACUGCUGGAAGUUGUUGCAUACAAGUUAUAAAAAAAGAACGUUGAAAUCAUAUACUUGUUGCUUGCAUUUCUAUUUGCAUGGUGUAUAGUUGAUAUCGAGCAUGCAAGAUCAGAACUAGUAUCGUUUUCGAAGUGUAUUCUCUGUAUGGUUGAAGAGUUAGAGUUACUGGUCAAUUCAUCUCUCAAGUUGAUAUGCUUUCGCCUUCUACUACGUUAUUACUUUUUUUUUCUUUUCUCGUUGAGAAAUUCAUAUCCUGUAAGAAAUUGGGGGAGCGUGGGGAAAUGGGCAAGAUUUGAACCCUAGAUCUCUAUUCUAAGCUUUCUAAUGAGGGUUGGUGUACUACACUAUUACUACUCGUCUUUUAUUUCCGUUCGUUUGUUUGAAUUAUUUUUACUAUAUGAUUUUGAUCAA